UUCAAAUAAAGCAAUAUUUUUAUUUUUUGGCUGUAAUUUGUUUCUCAUCUUCUAAUUGAUUCAAAAAGAGUUUUUAAACAAACAAACAAAAUGACUGAAGAGAAAACCAAGAAAGAAGACGACAACAAAUACAAAGAUAUUUUCAAAAUGUUUGACAAACAAAACGUCGGAUACUUUGGUGUCCGCGAAGUCCGUGAAGUCAUGCAAUCAUAUAAUAUGGUCGCUACCGAACAAAACAUCUACGAAAUGGUCGCUCAGUUGGACACAAAUAACAACGGUUUUGUCACAUUUGAUCGGUUUGUCUCCAUAUUCACCAACAAAAUCAAAGACACAGAGAUGGAAGAGGAGAUGCGGGAAGCGUUCAAAGUCAUCGACAACGAUGGCAACGGAUUUAUUUCGGCUAAAGAGUUCAAUAAAAUCAUAACACAAGUGGGGGACAAGUUUAGUGACAGCGAGUGGAAUCAAUUGGUCCACGAACUCAACUUCGGUAAAAAUGAAGAAAUCAAUUACGAAGAGCUGAUCACAUCAUUAAUGUCAACACAAAAGUAG